AUGGCUAAGUCUACCACAAAGGAGAGCAAGAAGGCCAAGGUCGCUGAGCCUCUCAGCACCGUCAAGGCUGGAAAGGUUUCCAAGUCCUCCAAGAAGGAGGUUGCUAAGCCUGCCAAGAAGGUCACCAAGGAGAAGGACUCUAAGAAGAGCAAGAAGAAGGUCGAGUCUUCUUCCGAGUCCGAGUCUGAGAGCGAGUCUGAGGCUUCCGCUUCCGACUCCGACUCUUCUUCCUCCUCCGAGGAGAAGCCUGCCCCCAAGAAGGCCACCAAGGCCAAGGCUGCCCCCGUCAAGAAGGCCGAGUCUUCUGACUCUUCCGACUCCGAGUCUGACUCCAAGUCUGACUCUUCUGACUCUGACUCCGACAGUGAGUCCGAGGAGGAGAAGCCCGCUGCCAAGGCUGUCAAGACCAACGGCACUGCUAAGGCUGCUCCCGCUAAGAAGGCUGAGUCUUCUGACUCUGACUCCGACUCUGACUCCGAGAGCGAGGAGGAGAAGCCUGCCGCUAAGGCUGAGAAGAAGGCCGCUUCUUCUGACGAUUCCGAUGACUCUGACGACUCUGACAACGACUCUGAUGACUCCGACAGCAGCGACUCCGAUGAGGAGGCUGGUGCCAAGGUCGAGAAGACCGAGGAGCCCUCCAAGAAGCGCAAGGCUGAGGAUGAUGGUGAUGCUGAUGCCAAGAAGGCCAAGUCUGAUGAGCCCACUACCCUCUUCGCCGGCAGCCUGUCCUGGUCUAUCGACGACAACGCCCUCUACGAGGCCUUCAAGCACAUUGAGGGUCUUGCCAACGCCCGUGUCAUGACUGAGAAGGGUACUGGCCGCAGCCGUGGCUUCGGUUACGUUGACUUCAACGAUGCCGCCUCUUGCACCAAGGCUUACGAGACCAUGAACGGUACCGAGCUUGAGGGUCGUGCCAUCAACCUUGACUAUGCCAACGCUCGCCCUGCUGAGGCCAACCCUGCCGCCCGCGCUGCCGACCGUGCUCAGCGUCACGGUGACACUGUCAGCCCCGAGAGCGACACUCUCUUCGUCGGUAACCUUCCUUUCGACGUUGACCAGGACAGCGUCCGCGCUUUCUUCGAGGAGGUCGCUGCUGUUGCUAGCGUUCGCCUUCCUACCGACCCUGACAGCGGUAACCUCAAGGGUUUCGGUUACGUCAGCUUCAGCUCCGUUGAGGAAGCCAAGCAGGUCUUCGAGGCCAAGAACGGCGCCCCUAUCGGUAACGGUCGCAUGUCCCGCGCCGUCCGCCUGGACUACGCUAGCAGCAAGCCUCAGCAGGGAGGUGGCGGCGGCGGCUUCGGCGGUGGCCGUGGUGGUGGCCGUGGUGGCGGUCGCGGUGGUUUCGGAGGACGUGGUGGUGGUCGCGGAGGUGGCGGCGGCUUCGGCGGUCGAGGAGGUGGUGGUCGUGGUGGCCGCGGCGGUGGCCGUGGUGGCUUCGGUACUGGUGCUAACAGCACGCCUACUACCUUCUCUGGCUCUAAGAUCUCUUUCGAUUAA